AUGACCUCGUCGAAAGCCCUCUUUACGCCUACCCUUACGGCAAACUUGUCAAAUGCAGCCAGGAAAGGCUUAUUCUCAUCGACUGCCACCGCUGCGGGUCUGAGGACCAGCUGUGCAGCCAUCAGACCAUUCGAUGCGCAGUCAAAACGGAACUUCUCCAUCUCACACAAAGCACAGCUCGAAUUCUUCCCCCCAUCCAAGAACCUCCCUCACAUCAAACUGACUCCUCCACCAUGGCCUCAUCCAGUUGCAACAGAAGAACAACUUAAAAAGAUCGAGAUUGCUCACAGAGAUGUGCGAGGUGCCUCAGACUGGUUUGCAUAUAACACGGUACGCUUCCUACGAUGGGGCACCGAUCUUGUCACUGGUUACCGCCACGAUCCCAACAAACCCUACGUGAUGAGCGAGAGGAAAUGGCUCGUCCGUUUUAUUUUCCUUGAGACUGUGGCUGGUGUACCAGGAAUGGUGGCAGGGAUGCUCCGCCAUCUACGAAGUCUACGGGCCAUGAAAAGAGACAAUGGAUGGAUUGAGACCAUGCUUGAAGACGCAUACAACGAGCGGAUGCACCUCCUGACAUUCCUGAAAAUGGCCGAACCUGGAAUGUUUAUGAAAUUGAUGAUUCUCGGUGCCCAGGGUGUCUUCUGCAACGCCUUCUUCGUCGCAUACCUUUUGUCUCCAAAGACAUGCCACCGCUUUGUGGGUUAUCUAGAAGAGGAGGCGACCAAGACAUACACCUAUGCCAUUGAAGAUCUUGAGAGUGGCAAACUGCCAGGCUGGGAGAAGCUCGAGGCUCCGGAAAUUGCCGUCAAGUACUGGAACAUGCCGGAAGGGAAAAGGACGAUGAAAGAUCUCCUCUACUACGUCCGGGCUGACGAGGCAAAGCACCGAGAGAUCCAUCACACUUUGGGCAACCUCAACCAGGCCGAAGAUCCCAACCCGUUUGCCUCCGAGUACAAAGAUCCUUCCAAACCGCACCCUGGCAGAGGCAUUGAGCACAUCAAGUCGAAAGGCUGGGAGCGAGAAGAAGUGAUCUGA